UCGCAGAAAGUCGGAAAACACUUCGAUCUUCUUUUUUUUCUAUCAUUUUGAUUCUUGUUCUUUUGUGUUUUAUAGCCUUGGUUAUUUUUAAAUUUUCUAUCAUGUGAAAAGCGUUUUCGCGUGAAUAUUUGUCGAAGGAAAUAUUUUCCCCAUUCUAUCUGUUUGUUUAGGGUUUUUCCAUCAUUUCCUUUUUGCAUUUCGCAGCUGGGGAUCACGUGAACGUUAUUUGGAAAUGUAGUCUUCCACUGGACAUAGGUGUCCCCUGUAUGGGGUUCGUUUCUCUAUUUCAUGCUGUUUUAUCAGAUUGAACCCCGGAGGCGAGCGACAAUGCUGCAGCAGGCGAGCUCCUUUUCAAAGUGUUGAAUUUCGGAAAAGGUUCUCAAAUUUGUGAUGCAGGCGGGAAAGGAAUUAUGGGUAACAUUUAAAAUGGCUGCCUCGCCAAUGUUUUCAGUCUGGGCUUAAUAUUUUGUACGUUCGCUUCUAUGGAAGAGGAAUUUGUAGUGAAGGAAGGCUGGGUUGUUAAGGAGAGUGGACAAGCUGUCCUCGGUCAGACGAACUGGCGCAAACGAUGGUGUCGGCUUGUAAGAGGUUCUAAUGGAGCCUCUUGGUCGUAUUACAGGAAAAUGGAAGACAUUGCAUCAAACCAGCCAGCAGGAAGGGUAGAGCUCGAUUCCACUUAUGCUGCACGUGAACUUGAAGAAGGAGAAAGAAAAAAGAAAGCAAACUGCUUUGCUCUUGGUCCAGUGUUCGAUGAUUUUGCUAAGAGAACUUACUACAUUAGCUGCGAAACUUUGGAUGAGAAGCUUAGCUGGAUGGAAGUAGUCAAUGCAGCAACAGAAUCUCUGCAAGCAGAACCACAGGAUAAAUUUGAAAAGAGGAAAAAAAGUGUGCGACAGAGGCUGACAAGACGGUCUAGAAAAGCAGUUAGCAGCCGGCGAGAAGAGAAUGAUUCAAAGGAAGAAGUUUGUUUGGAUCCUGUUCAGAGGAUGGAGUGUUGGGCAGGACUCUGCCAAAUCAUCAAAAGUGAGAAUUGGAAAAAGACUGACACCAAGAAUGGAGUAACAGUAUCACGACUUAGCUUUUCACAUAAUGACAAGGCAGCUGUGAAGAUUGAAGGUAUCAUCCCCGUUCCUCCAGACAUUUCAUUUGAUUACCUUCAGCUAGCAAUGAAGAAGGGAGGCAAAUUAGACCAACCUUUUCGAGGGGAAGAAGUUUUACAAAAAAUAGAGGAGUCUAUUCCACACGCCUGCAUCGUAUACAAUAAAUACAGUGUUCCUCUACCAAGUGCUUCCCCCAGAGAUGUUUGUCUCCAAAGAAUGUGGAUGCCAUCAUACUUAACUAGAAAUGGAACAUCAGGAAUGGUGUUAUGGUCAACGCAUCAUUCCCAAAUGCCGCAAGUUCAGGGGUUCACAAGAGUACUUGCCGACCUGUCUGGAUUUAUGUUAUCACCUCACACUUCAUCAGAUUCUUCAUUGCACACAAAUGCAGCAAUACUGGUUCAAAUUGACGUCCGAGACUCGCUGCAGACUAUGCUGGAAGGAAGCUACAAAUCAGGUCUCUUGAAGGUUGGUUUAAGAACUGCUUUUGCUCACAUCAGUAACCUGGUGGAACAAUACUACAAGUGCAUUCAAGGAUAGUUGCCAAGUUCAGAUUGAAACAGGAGAGAGAGGUUGUCAAGAUAUGAAAUUUAAAAGUCUACGUUAAGAGUAUAGGGUCUUAAUUGUUUAACACAGGUAAUACAGAUAAACAAAAGAAUGCAAGUUAUUUAAUGAUAAGAGAUAUGUUGAUUAUUAAAGAUGGAAAUAAACCUGUGCACUAUGA